AUGGAUUUGCAUUUGAAGAGCUUAUUUGGUAGAUUCCAGGAUCAGUUCGGGUCAGGCCCUGGUCUUGGACCUGGAUCAGGUGUUUGCCUCAUGAAAGUUGAAGGUAUAUCUCCCAACGUCAUCCAUUCCAUUUUCAGAGCUUCAGCUUCUUUAUACAGAAGUGAGCCAUGGAGGAGGCUCAGACCAGGUCACUUGUUCAGUGUUCGGGUUGGAAAAGACUCUGAUUGGUCAGGAAAGAGACAGCCUUUCCAGUGUGUUCAGUUCAUAGGAGGGGAUGGUGGUGAUAUAGCAAUCUACAUGUAUAGAUCAAUGAGCUAUGCACUGAAGAUGACUGAUGAUGAUUCAUGGGAAAUGGUUAGAGUUCCUAAUGUUGAUGUUUUUAGAGUUACGUAUGAGCUUGAGUCAAUGAUGCUUCCUUGUAACAGGAGAAUGGUCAAGUCUUUGUCUUUAGAAGUUUCUGGAACUGACCGGUUUCCGGUUAUCGACGUUGCUCGGUGCAUGACCUCCGGUGAGCUCCAGUUCAGAAGCCCGACACUCGAAGAGCUCAGGCUGGUGUUUGCGGUAAUGAAAGCUCUUACUUUGGUUCAUCCUUUGCUGCUUCAAGAGGAGAAGCAAGUCCGGGGAUUGCCAAGGAUGAUGAAGUUUUCACCUUUUAUAGAGACUGUUGAUGUUCAGUGGCCACCAGAGAUGUUUAAAGGACAUGAUUUUGUUGCUGUCACGGUUUCGCAUCCGCCUGGUCAAUCAUAUGAGCAGAAGUGGAACAAAACUGCGGUAAUGGCACGUGAUGAUGAUGAACUGGAGCUAGUUUCAAGCAUGACCAAUCUGCAAGUUGGUCAAGGUGCAGAAGUGGGGUUAAGACGGUGCACAAUGUGUGACAAAGCUGUUCAUAGAGAUGAGUCUGUUUGUUGUAGCCAUUGCAGUGCAACCAUCUACUGUGGUUCAGACUGUGAGAAACGGCACUGGCGAGAGAUGCACCGGAGUGUUUGUAAUCUCUAUGAAGCUAUGAUGGGUAGAGAAGAAGAGCUCAAGAUGAAGAUCUUCACUUUCUCGUGCUAUGCUGAAAACCCAUGUGUAUGGCUUGAAUCUUUGGGUGUCCACAAAAAGGGAAUGUGGAGAGGACAAUGCAGUUGCUAUUCUCAGCGUCCUUUUGGGCUCUUACAUGUCUCUUCCUCAGAUGAUGACUCAUGGGGAGGGCUCCAGGACGGUGAUUAUCCACAGGAUUUACCAAUUCAGAAUCUGAACAACGGGCGUUCACAGGGUAUGAUUUUCUUGUCAGAUUGGUCAGAUUACUAUGAUGUUAGGUGUCUACCACCAUCAAGCCCUGUUUCUGAUAUUCUCUCCUACCCUUUAACGCUUUACCACAUAUUAACAACACUAAGCACCCAUUCCACGAACCUGUUGCUCAAAGGGAAAGAAGUGACUGUCCAUUACUUAGGUCCAGAACGAGAACUCGACUGGAUUAAAGCAUUUGCGGAGAUCAGUCACUUACUUAACGGUAUAGGAACCGUGCAGAUCAUAAUGGUUGGACCUGAAGUUCCAUCUGACUUAUCUGGUACAAUAGCAACAAACAACAGCAGAGUCAAGGUGAGCUUUGUGAAAGGCUUGUAUCAGGACGAGGUAACAUACCUGGCAUCACCAGACAUCGUUGUCGCCUUGAACUGUGACCUGGACAGGUACUCAAGCUGGCCAGGAGCAGUUGAGGCAGUGAACAAUCUGCGCAUCCCAGGUUUCUUCACUGAUAAGACAGAAGAUGCUUGCGGCAAUGCAAAGGCGGUUUUGCGUAAUGCAGGGCUGAAUAUAUCUCACCCAGUUGCUCCUAACCCUUUCCGCUCACCUGUAAGGACUUGUGCAGAGUCCAGUAAUCUUCCAUGUUACAGCAACGGCUUCAUCCUUGGGGUGAAUACAUAA